CUUCAUACGAAAAACAACGACAACGACAAUAACUGCCAAUUUCGACGAGAAUCAUGGUAGAAGAGGAAUUGAACACGUAAUCACUGUGACAGCUCAAUUCUAAUUUAUAUUUCAGUUCCUGCGAUAUCGUACAUGAUGAGUACGCGAAAAGCUAACGGCGUCUUGCCGGUCUCUUCCAUCCUAGCGACUAAUGACGCGCCAAAGACCAAGGCUAAGGAGCCCGCUCGAGGCAAGAAAGUCAUUGUUCGUCGCCUCCCGCCUGGUAUUACCGAAGCCGAAUUUUGGGCUAUCCUGGGAGAUGAAUGGAAGAGUGGGAAAGGCAAGGUGGACUGGACAAAAUUUCAAGACGGCCAGGUUUCCCAGGAUCCCUCAAAUCCAUCCAACCCAGCACGAUGUUAUCUCCAAGUUUUACGAACCGAUGAUAUCCCAGUAUUGGCAGAGGUCGUUCAAAGAUCGAUUUGGGAGGAUGAGAAGAGGACGUUUAAUGACCCUGCCCUCGUUGGACCCCCAUACCUAGAGCUUUCUAUCUAUCAGAAAAUACCGACGACUAAGCGCCGCACGGAUUCAAAGCAGGGCACUAUCGAUCAAGAUCCCGACUUCAUGGCUUUUCUCGACAGCCUCACUCAAGAUCCAGCUGUCAAGGAAGUCGAAGCUGAACAGGUAGCUGACGACUCUCCCAAGGAAAGUGUGAAGGUCACCACAACGCCUUUGGUUGAAUAUCUUAAAGAGAAGAAGGCGAAUAAGGGCAAAGAAACCACUAAUACUAAAAGUGGUAAACACGGUCGACAUGAAUCUCAGGGUGGGAAGACAAAGGGGAGCCAAGAAGAUUCCAAGAAGAAGGGUAAGGAGUCCAAGGGCGAAAAAGCAGAAAAGGCUUCAGAGAAGGAUGAGAAGAAAGCAAAGGAACCCGUAAAACUCCUCACUAAGAAAGCAGCGGCACAAGAAGCCGCGGAAGCCGCUAAAUCCACCCCCGCCUCGACUACCGCAAGCAAGACAACUGAGGAGGCGGUGCCAAAGAGCCGACGAGCCAACAUAGCUGCCGCCGCCAAGAUUUUGCAACGCGAUCUCGGUCUUAGCCCUGGAAGUGCUCAUAGAAGAGCUCGUCAGGAUGCCGCUAAGGCGGAAGCAGCUGCUAAAGUUGAUUCUGGCAAGGAGAAGGAUAGCAAAGACACUGUCUCUACAACCCCCACAACAUCAACCCAGCCCGCUUCGUCAGCACCCCCAUCUGCUCCAACUGCUCCGAAAGCCCAAGCGGCAGAGGGCUCACGUCGAUCCCGAGGUGCGAAGGCUGCGAAGCAAAAUACAUCUAGCGAUACGGCUAAAGGCAAAGAGGGUGCAGGCAGCACAACGAAAUCAACCCCGGUGACUACACCCGUUAUUCUCAAGAGAAGAGAUGAUAAUCCUCCUACCGGACCGGCUUCAACGGCCCCCGCCACCACGGCUUCUGCAACCCCUACACCCCCAACCGGUCCUAAGGCUGCUACUGGUAAGGCUUCGACGUCCAAAUCAGGUCCCUCGCAGAAGAAAGGAUCUGGUCAACCUUCAAUUACUGCAGGUGCAACCCGUGCUUUCGUAAAGCAUGCCAACCCAUCACAAGGAGUUACAGAACCGCUACUUAAACAGGCUAUGGAAAUCUAUGGUCCUGUUACAUUUGUCGAGAUAGAUAAGCGGAAAGGUUUUGCCUACGUUGACUUUGGAGAUCACGACGCUCUAGUCAAAGCUAUUACCGCGAGUCCCGUAUCUGUUGCACAAGGUACCGUUCAGGUAUUAGAGAGAAAGGAGAUUAAGAAGCCAACACAGGCACCAACACAGCCUGCGGCUGAAAAGGCGAGCAGCGAUGCUCCACCAGAUCGCCCCAAACGUGGUGGUCGUGGUCGAGGUCGCCGAGGAGGUGGUAAUGCAAACAACGCGAACACGAACGCAGCCAGCGAAGCAUCUAGCUCUACGACGCCAGUACACGCCGUGGUUACAGAUUCCAAGGACUCCAAUGCUGCAGCUCCAACAGGUUGAAGGGCGAUCGUGGGUUGGUUAUCGCUAAUUUCACGCCACUGAAGUUAUAUUUUUAUGAUAAUCGCGUCUCGAAUAACCGCAACAGUCGAUCGGCUCCUAUGCCCAUUAGGUAAUAUCCUCGAGGUGGAUUGGCUGCUUUGCAAGCUAGGUAUGGAUGCUAUGGAUUGAUAUGGCAUCUGAUCACACAGUCGUUAUGAUAGGAACCGCCAGUAUUUGGAGUUACUCGAGACGUGGAGCUAUACCAAGCGAUCACGAGCUAUUCUGAUAUGGAUUCGCGGCCUACAGAAUAGCCGCUGAGUAGGUAUGGCUUAAGUCAUAGCUUCAAGCCUUAUUUUAUCAUCACUACUACUGACCUGGUACAUCACAGUUCUAUUAGGAUAGUAGAAUACCUGGUUAAUGCUAUCACCUACAAUAAGAGGUUAAUGGCCAGCAAAUGCAAUCGGAAUAACUAAGUACACUCAUCAUUAUCCAUCACCGCUUUCAAUAUUGUCAUCUCUUGGCUUCCUGGU